AUGCCCGGACAAGGACCCACGGUCUUAGGGCUUGUUCAACAGGCGCAGUUCGUGCAGUUCGUGCUUGACCCGUGGACCGCUCGAAUAUGUGCUGUGAGCGAGGGCGCAUGCGAUGCGUUAGGUUAUGCUCCCGAGGAGCUAGAAGCGCUGACGCUGUGCGGUUUAAUUGACGGCUUGCCGUUACCGGAAUGGCUGCAGCUGGUUGCCCCCCUCGCGACCGGGGAGCAGCGCGGCGCGAAGCUCGACGCGCUUCUGAGACUAGGAAGAGGAGCAGACGGGACGGGCGGAAGCGCAGGGGAAACGGUUGGGGAAAACGCGGUGGGAAACGAAAAUGAGGGUUUCGUUGGGGGGGACCGCAUUGGCCGGUCCAGUAGCCGAAGCAGCGGGGGAGGUUCGGAAGCAGCGGGGUUAUCGCUGGCUCGGCGGAAGACUUGUGGAACGGGAGCUGGCGGUGCAGGGCGAGGCGGAAGCGCAGGCGGGGGAGUAAGGGGGGGGGUUUCCGCUGGUGCGGAGGUUUCUGCGCUGCACGCGGGGCUGCGCACGAGCACGUCGGAGGAGGUGCGGUCGUUCUCGUCCACGUCGGACAGCUUCUCGCGGGACGGGUUCGCGCAGAAUCAAAUAUUUUCGGAUGACGACGACGACGAUGACGAUGACGAUUAUGGCGGGGACGGGAUGCUCGGCGCGCAAUGGGCGGAAGACGGAGCGGCGAGGCGGAGGAGCAGGCGGAAGCACAGGGAAGGGCGGAAGCGGCUCCAGCAGCAGCAGCGGGAACAGCAGCAGCAGCAGCAGCAGGGGAGGGAGCAGAGACAGGAGCAGGGGAAGCAGUUGGGAAAGGAGCAGUUUGCGAGGGAGCAGCAGGUGGUAACCGCUCUCGGCGAGUCUCGCGAAACGAACAGUGGCGCGUCUGCUGCUGGCGGGAAGCCCGUUCUGUUUUCCAUCCUGCUCCAAUACUUCGAGACCAACGGGGAGCGCGAGCUUGUAGCAACGGCGCACCCGCUCCCGCAGCAGCGGGGGCAGCAAGGGGAACGGAACCCACAGACGGGCUCCGGCGGCCCGGGCGCCUUGAGGUGCCUCUUAGUAGGCUCCUUGAACCACGGAAGCGGCUCGGAGCAGCAUGACGGGAGCGUCCGCGGCGGGCAGGGCGCAGCGGGGGAGGCUGGCGGGAUUGGCGGGAAUGGCGGAAGUUGGGAUGUUGGCGCGGGCGGAAGCGGGGGUGAUUAUAGGACGGCGGAUAGUGGGGGAGAGUACAAGGGGGAGGGCAAUAGAGCAGGCUCGGCGCUUCGGCGGGAAGCUAGUCUAGGGACAGGGAUUCGACGAGAGAGCAGCAUAGGGGCGGGGCUUCGGCGGGAGAGUAGCGUAGGCUCGGGGCGCUUACCGCCUUUGCAUUCCCAGUCAAACGAUGGCGAAGCGAGCGUUCCUCCGCAUGCGUUUGUGCAUGCGCACGCUCUCGAGAACAUAGGCAAGGGCCCGAGCGUGAGUGCGAAGGCGAAUGUGAGUGCAGCAGUGCAGAUUAAUCCGCAGCAGGUGGGAAAUAGGCCGCGAUUAAAGGAGUUUAAGGAUAACGAGCUGACGUGGGAAGAGAAGGUGACGUGGCAGAUGGGGGAAGGCGCGAGCGGGGAAAGCAGGGGGAUAGGUGGCGGCGGCGGAGGGAGCGGGGGGAGCAGGGCGAAGACGGGGAGCAGGGGGAGCAGGGGGAGAAAUGGCGGAAGAGGGGGGGGGGGACUGGGGCGCCAGCGUAGCUUAGACGCGAAUUUCGUGCAAGAGAUAGGUUUCGCGAGUAAAAGUGACUCUGAGGAGGAUUUCCCGCUCGGGUGGAGAGGGGGGGCGGAAGGGGAGCGGAUGGGGGGAGCGGAACGGUUUGGGGGAAGCGGAACCACGGUUGGAGGGGGAAGAAUGGGGGGAGCGGGGGCGGGGGGGAAGACAGUGCGGGGAAUGGUGGCUAUGUCCCCCGAGAGGAGGUGGUGUGGGACGAGCGGAGGGGGAAAGGGGAAGACAGGGGGGUCGUGGGGCGGAGAGAGAGGGUUUGUGGCGGAAGAAGGGGAAUUCGAGGCGGAGGGGGAGGCUAGGGGGGAUGGAAGGGGAGAGGUGAGGGGAGAGGGAAGGACGGAGGGGAGGGGGGGCGGGGAGGAGACAGGAAAGAGACCAGCUAGACGUUCAGAGGGCGGCGGUUUCACCCACUCAUGGCUGGAUGACGUGGCGGACUCCCAUUGGCUCCCGGACCUGCACGUCCGGGCCCUCCUUGACGAGGCAGGGAUAGGCCUGGCGGGGCUCCGCCUGGGCAGUGGCGAGCUGGUUCACUGCAGCGCUGCUCUAGCCGCCAUGCUGGGGCGAUCAGUCAAUGCACUGGAGGGCUCUCCUCUGCAGAACUUCCUCAGCGCCCCUGCCAUUAGGAGCUUCCAGGUAGGCCUGGCAGGGACAGGCCUGGCAGGGACAGGCCUGGCAGGGACAGGCCUGGCAGGGAUAGGCCUGGCAGGGAUAGGCCUGGCAGGGAUAGGCCUGGCAGGGAUAGGCCUGGCAGGGAUAGGCCUGGCAGGGAUAGGCCUGGCAGGGAUAGGCCUGGCAGGGACAGGCCUGGCAGGGAUAGGCCUGGCAGGGACAGGCCUGGCAGGGAUAGGCCUGGCAGGGACAGGCCUGGCAGGGAUAGGCCUGGCAGGGACAGGCCUGGCAGGGACAGGCCUGGCAGGGACAGGCCUGGCAGGGACAGGCCUGGCAGGGACAGGCCUGGCAGGGACAGGCCUGGCGGGUCUUCGACUAGGCAGUGGCGAGCUGGUUCACUGCAGCGCUGCUCUCGCCGCCAUGCUACCUGGUUUGAACUGGUUCGGAAGCAUCUCAGCAGCGACUCUUUCAGCACACGCGCAGCACCUAUCACCUCACGCCACGUGGCACAGACAAUCCCACCAUGACCUGCCCGUCAUCCUGCCAGGAGGCAGCAUGCGGCGCAUUCGCCUCACAUGCCACGUGGCACCAGCAGCAGAUGGUGCGGGUGGGGCGUGGGGCGACGAUCCCCCCUGCAUGUUCAUGGCUCUGUUCUCCGACCUCUCUGCUGCUCUGCACGGCUCCAAGGUGAGAGGCCGGCCCCAUUCUUUCAGCCUCCAGGCAAGUGGUGCUUGGGGUGGUGCUGGGGUUGUGCUGCUCACACCAGAUGGGGCGGGUUGGGCGUGGGGCGAUGAUCCCCCCUGCAUGUUCACGGCACUCUUCAGCGACCUCUCUGCUGCUCUGCACGGCUCCAAGGAGGUGGGGGCCAAGCGGUGUGCGUUCAUUCUCCAGCACCUGCCAGCAGGAGUGGCGCACAUGCUUCCCUGUCUCUUACCUCGGGAGGUGCGGGCCAAGCGGUGUGCUUUCAUUCUCCAGCACCUGCCAGCAGGAGUGGCGCACAUGCUUCCAGAGGAGCGAACCAGAGGGGGAAGCGGAGGGGGAGGGAGUGGCGGGGGGAGCGGCAACAGCGCCGGCAGUGGUAGGGGCAGCAGAGGGGAGAGGAGCGGCGGUGGCAGCAGCAACGGGGAUGAGGUGGUGAUUAAUCCUCAUAUGGAGGCUAUUACGGGGUAUUCACGGGAGGAGCUGAGCUCGGUUGACUCGUGGUUCUCGUGCCUCUUCAGGGAAAGGGCGGAAGAGGUGCGCCAAAUCCUGGAAGCGGACCGGGCGAUGGGGUUCCGAGAGUCGAGAACGUUAAGAAUGGUGCGGAGGGAUGGCGAGCCGCGGUGGUUAGAGGUGGCCGUCAGGGACUGCGGGGCGGGCGGGGGCGACCUGUGGGUGGUCAGCGACAUCACGGACCAUCUGAUCGUGCGGGAGAAGUUUCGGCUGCUUUAUGAGGCCUCCUCGGACGGCUAUCUCGUAUUUGACGACACGGGCAUCACGGAGUGCAACGAUGCCGCCAUCCACUGCCUGCGCUGCAGCGACAAGAGCGAGCUCAUCGGGCGGCAUCCCGCGUACUUUUCCCCCGAGCGCCAGCCGGACGGGCAGCGGUCGGACGAGAAGGCGGUUGAGAUGGUGGCCCGGGCGACUGAGACGGGCAUGCACAAGUUUGAGUGGAUGCACAUGCGAAAGGACGGUUCCCUCUUCCUGGUAGAAGGGACCCUCAACCCUGGGCCAUGGGAGGGUGGGGACCCUCUCAUUCCUGCAGCUAGAGCACAACUGUCCCAUGCACAUGGUCGUCUGGCACGACUUAUCCAAAGCUCCCUCUCUCCCUCCCUCCUUCCUUCCCUCCCUCCCCUCCGCCCACCAUCCUCCCAUGGGCCCUGGUUUGAGUGGAUGCACAUGCGCAAAGAUGGGUCACUACUCCCUGUCCAAGUCACCCUCUCUUUUCUCCAGCUCGAGCACAACCGUCCCAUGCACAUGGUCGUCUGGCACCACCCCUCCCACCUCAGAGGCGCCUCAAAACUUCCUCACUUCCUCUCACUCGCAAACCCACCCCUCCCCCGUGCGUGCAGGUUUGAGUGGAUGCACAUGCGCAAGGACGGGUCGCUCUUCCCCGUGGAGGUCACUCUCUCCUUCCUGCAGCUCGAGCACAACCGCCCCAUGCACAUGGUCGUCUGGCACGACUUAUCAGAGAUCAAGCGCCAGGCACGGGAGCUGCAGGCAGCGAAAGAGGCGGCGGAGCGGGCGAAUCAGGCCAAGAGCCAGUUCCUGGCGAACAUGAGCCACGAGAUCCGCACCCCCAUGAACGGUGUGAUCGGGGUGGCAGAGCUUCUUCUAGGCACGGACCUCACAGCAGAGCAGCGCUCCUACCUCGGGAUCAUCCGCUCUUCCUGCUCCUAUCCCCAUCGUGCUGCUCUCUUUCCCCAUCCCCACCUCUCCGCCAGGUGUGAUUGGGGUGGCAGAGCUCCUCCUGGGCACAGACCUGACCGCAGAGCAGCGCUCCUUGUUGCUUGCCUCCCCACCCACCCACCCUCCACCCCUCCUGCAGGUGUGAUCGGGGUGGCAGAGCUCCUCCUGGGAACGGAUUUGACAGCGGAACAACGCUCCUACCUCGAAAUCAUCCGCUCGUCCGGAGACAACCUCCUGCGAAUCAUAUCCGACGUGCUGGACCUCUCCAAGAUCGAGUCCAAGAACCUGGCACUGGAGAGCAUCGAGUUCAACAUGCACCAGCAGGUGACGGAGGCUCUGGCACUGCUGGAAGUGGUGGCCAAGGACAAGGGGCUGUUCCUGGAGCUGGAUAUCCAUGAGGAGGUGCCAGCGGUGGUGAUCGGCGACCCUGUGCCAGCGGUGGUGAUGGGCGACCCUGUGAGGCUGCGGCAAGUCCUGCUGAAUCUGAUCUCCAAUUCCAUCAAGUUUACCGAAACUGGCGGCAUCACAGUGAUUCUGCGCCUGGCCACGCAGGUAGAGCUGGGGGAGGUGGAGGAGGCGAGGAGGGAGAGCAGCAAGUGCAUGAGUGUGCAACGGGGGGAAGGCAAGGAGAAGGGGGAGAUCAGUGCUGCUGGCAACUUGUUGACCUCUGCUGAGGAAGGAGCAGGAGCAGGAGGAGGUGAGGGAGGGGGAGGAGGAGGAAAGACCGGAAGCGGCGGCGGUGGUGGUUCAGGAGGAAAGGGAGGGAAGGGUGAGAAGGGAGUGGUGAGAAGAAAAGGAGAAGCAGGAGAGUCAGAGGCAGCAGGGAAGCCAGAGGAGACGGUGGUGGUGCGGUUUGAGGUGCGGGACACGGGAGUGGGCAUGGACGAAGCAGCAAAAGGGAGGCUGUUCAAGGCGUUCUCCCAGGCUGAUAACUCCACGAGCCGCCGCUACGGUGGCACCGGGCUGGGGCUGGCGAUUUGCAAGAGCCUGUGCUUCCUCAUGGGGGGGGAUAUCGGCAUGCACAGCCAGGUGGGAGAGGGGUCGACCUUUUUCUUCUACGUGAGAAUGCAGCGAGUGAACCCCAAGGAGGACCCCAAGCCGGCAGGGGAGAGCGCCACGAGCAGCGACGCAGAGCCGCUGUGGGUGCAGCUGCAGCACAUGCGCGUGCUGGUGGCCGAGGACAACAAAGUGAACCAGAUGGUGGCGACGCGCAUGCUGCACAACCUGGGGCUCAAAUACGACGUGGUGGAGAAUGGGAGACUUGCUGUGCAGGCAUGUGCAGACAGACACUACGACGUGGUGCUCAUGGACUGCCACAUGCCUGAGAUGGACGGUUAUGAAGCCACCCGCAACAUACGAGCUAUGGAAGAGGAGAGACUUGCUGCCCUUGCUGCUGCUGCUUCUGCUGCUGGUGCUGGUGCUGCUGCCAUUGCUGCUGCUGCGGCUAAUUCCUUUCUAUCAAUGCCCCUCUCCCCCCUCUCCCAGGACUGCCACAUGCCUGAGAUGGACGGGUAUGAAGCCACCCGCAACAUACGAGCUAUGGAAGAGGAGAGACUCGCUGCCUAUGCUGCUGCCGGUGGUGGCAGGGGCAGCAGCGGUGGUGGUGGGUAUGGGAGGAGUGGCAGCAGGGGGGGUUACGGUAGCAGCACAGACGGUGAUAUGAGCGAAGCAAGUUCUCCCAGUCAUCCCCACAGCAGCAGCAGCUCUCGCACCCGCCGCUCCCACCGGCCGCGCCGGACGUUCAUUGUGGCGCUUACCGCAUCGGCUCUUAGCGAGGAUAAAGACUCGUGCAUGGCUGCUGGGAUGGACCAUUACUUAGCUAAGCCCAUCCGGCCGCGGGACCUAGAGAGAGUGAUAAGAGAGGGGAUGGUGAAGAGGAGGAGAGAGUCGAUUAGUGAGGAGGUGGGGGCAGCUUUUUCUGAGAAGGGGUGUGAGGGGAGUGAGGGGUCAUUGUCCCCUCAGAUGGCUUAUAAAGGGGAUGAGGGCCCGGUGUCUCCUCUUUAUAAGGGUUCUGAGAGGGGUGGAAGGGCGGUAUCCCCUUAUAGGGGUCCGUCCUUUGGUGCUUGGGGUGGGCGAGACGUGCGAGAGUGGGAAGAGGGGCAAGGCGGCCAAGGAUCUGCACUUGAUGCAUUCAGAGGAGGAAACGAGGAGGAGGAAGAGGAGGAGGAGGAAGAGGAGGAGGAGGAGGAGGAGGAGGAGGAGGAGGAGGAGGAGGAGGAGGAGGAGGAGGAGGAGGAGGAGGAGGAGGAGGAGGAGGAGGAGGAGGAGGAGGAGGAAGAGGAGGAGGAGGAGGAGGAAGCAAUGGUAGAGCAGGCUUCCCCGUUCCCCUCUUCCAAACCGGCUGGAGGGCAAACCUCUCGGCCGGGUUCGGAAAGAAGAGGUCCGGGAACAGGGGAGCCGCUGCAGUCUCCCAGGCCCGGCCGGUCCACACUUGAAGGACAGGGUUGGGGAAGGCCGAGCCCACGGGGUGGGUAUGGCGGGGUGCAGAGCGGUGACGAUGGGUCGAGUGUGGGGUCACCUUCUAGUGUUCGGUCGUGGGGGAGGGGUGGAGGAGAAGGAGGGUGGGGGGAGGGGGGCGGUAUUGGUGAUAGAGGGAGGGAGAAUGGUAGGGAAGGGGGAAGGGAGAGGGAGAGAGUGAGGGAGAGAGAUAUAGAAAGGGAGAGGGUGAGAGAUAGGGAAAGGGAACUGGAGCGGGAGCGUGAGAGAGAGUUGGGAGAAGAGUCUGAUACAGGGAGUGUGGUGGUGAAGGGGGAUGGGUGGAGUGCUGCGGAGAGACUGAGUGAUGUUGAGGAGAGGUAUGGAGAGUGGGAUGAGGGAAGGGAGUUGGGGAGGCGGAAUGAAGGCAAGCGAGGGGAAGAAAGAGAGAGGGGGCGAGAGAGGGAGGAAGAGGAGGAAGAGGAGGAGAUGGUAGGUGCUCCUGAACCAAGGCGGAGAAGAACAGCAGGGGCGAGUGAGAAUAGGCAAGUGGGAGAAGAGAGAGAUGCAUGGAGGGAGCGUGAAACAGGGGGAGUGGGAGAAAGGGGAUGGGAUGGUGGUGGGAGGCACGGGAGGAGAGGGAGCGGUGGAGAGGGUUACGGGGAGGUGGGGUGCGGUGAGGUGGAGGAGACGAGAAGAAGCAGCACGAUGGGUCGAGUAGAUGCGAUGAGAAUGAGAGGCGAGAACGGGAAGGGCAGGGUGGGGAAAAGUGUGUGGGAGGGGAAGGAAGGGUGGGAGGAGGAGAGGGAGGAGAUGGAUGGGAGGAGGGGUAGACGGAGCAGUUUGGAUGGAGGGGAGGGUGGCAGGAUGAAUAAUAGCAAGAUGGAGAGUAAUAGCGGGAAAGCUUUUGAUAGUGGAGCGAACAGAAGACCUGGGGAGGGGGAGGGGGAGGGGGAGGGGGGGGAGGAGGAGGAGGAGGAGGAGGAGGAGGAGGAGGAGGAGGAGGAGGAGGAGGAGGAGGAGGAGGAGGAGGAGGAGGAGGAGGAGGAGGAGGAGGAGGAGGAGGAGGAGGGGGAGGGAGAGGGAGAGGGAUGGGAGGAGGAGGAGGAAGGGGGAGGGGAGCUGAGGGGGGAGGUAGGGUGGCAGCAGGAGGGGGUGGGGGGCGGGGAACAGCAGUAG